AGAGAGAGAGAGCAAAGCAAACCGAAGCCCGUUUCAUACGGCCAUACCCCGCUUCUCCUCCUCUUCCGAUUCUCUUCUUCCUCGGUCCGAAUAAAGUCUCGUCCUCUUCUUCCUCCCACUCCCCUCCUCGCUUCAAUUCCUGACAAUCUCGGUUCUUGCACAGAGGUGUAAACUGCAGAGUGCUGCAAGAUUCGGGUGGAAUUCUGCUGCCUGCUCGGUUUCUUGGGGGGUUCUUUGCCCGCCCGGAGUGGUUUGGUCGACGGAUUGUUGUGGGUGAUUGGAGAGAAAGGAGCCGUGUAGAGAGGCGAGGUGAAGGGAAGGAGGAGCCAUGGGCGGGCAGAUGGUGGAGAAGGGGCGGCCGCCGUCCAACCUGCAGUGCUUCUUGGACUGCACCACCCCCGCCGUGGAGACGCACAUUCUCCCCAAGACGAAUGGACGAUUGUCGGCCGACGCUUGGAACCACGCCGAUAUAGAAAGCGUCGAGUACUUCAAUCUUGCAGAUCUCUGGGAGCAAUACUACGAGUGGAGCGCGUACGGUGCCGGAGCUACAGUGCAGCUCCCUGGAGGGGAGAAAGUAGUUCAGUACUAUGUUCCCUACCUAUCAGGGAUACAGCUAUACACCAACAAAGUCCUGACUGCAUCUAGGAGUUUUGGUGAAGAUAAUGGCAUGGAUUUCUGGAGUGAUGAUGAGGACAAUGAGAAGAUGUCAAGAUCCUGGAGUUCGACUUCUGACGAAUCAAUGUUUAACUGUGAUGUGUUAGGGGGCAAUAGGAAGCGCCCUGGGCAUUUGUACUUUGAGUUCUUUGAAGUCGGCUCACCUUAUGGAAGGGUCCCACUCAUGGACAAGGUAUAUGAACUAUCACAGGGCUUUCCUGGGUUGACAUCGUUGAAGAGUAGCGACCUUUCGCCUGUUAGUUGGAUGUCAGUUGCCUGGUAUCCUAUCUACCACAUUCCUUACCAGCGCAACGUGAAGGACUUAUCUGCAUGCUUCCUAACGUACCAUACCAUUUCCUCCUCAUUUCAAGAUCACGCGCUUGACAUCACGGCCAAUGGUUGUUGCCAUCCAGUUGCCAAUGGGAAACAAAAUGACCAUAUGGAUAAAAAGAGCAACACAGUAUCACUCCCUCCAUUUGGCCUUGCAGCACACAAGAUACAAGGUUCUCUCUGGACCAACCCAUGGACAGGAGAUUAUAAAAGGAUGGGGUCCCUCUUUGGUGCGGCAGACUCCUGGCUUAAGCAGCUUGGAGUCCAGCAUCAUGACUUCAACUUCUUCAUCACUCACACCAUAUGAACCACUGAUCUGGAGUAGCUUGCAAAGAAGCUCGUGGUUGGGGAUCUUGAAGAUACCAAAAUUACUUACACCACUGAGAAGGGUCGCAAACGUUUACCGUACAGUACCCUGGUAAAUGUGAGUCCAACAUUCGCGGGAUAGAUUUAUACUGCUCGAGUUUAUUGCAGCAAAUACCAAACAUGUCAGGACUUGAAAGGUUUUCUGUUUCUUGGCUGAAGAUGUAACUGAUUUUGUACAGAAGUUUUGCAACUAAUUCGGUAUCGGUAUCCAAUGCUGUGGUUGGAUCCAUAUUGUAGUCCUUGCCUUGUGUAUUUUAGUGCUCCAGAGAAUGUUAGUCCGGGAUGGAACUGCUUAUGCAGAAUCAAGUUGGUCCUGAAUCAGUUGAUGACAAUUUCAUUCUCA